UAGAGAAUGGCGCCGAUUGGGUGGAUGGGGGAGCUUGACCCCCCUCCGUCGAGGGAGCACUUCCGGGUGAUGCUGACCUCUGCCCCCGUGACCCCUGUCUCUUCCUUUCCGGUGUUGGGUGCCCGAGGAGACGCACAAAAAUGGCACCGCGUAAGGGUAAGGAGAAGAAGGAAGAGCAGGUCAUCAGCUUGGGACCGCAGGUUGCCGAAGGGGAAAACGUGUUUGGCGUCUGCCAUAUCUUCGCUUCCUUCAAUGACACUUUUGUCCACGUAACUGAUCUCUCUGGCAAGGAAACCAUCUGCCGAGUGACUGGUGGUAUGAAGGUGAAGGCCGACAGAGACGAGUCUUCACCCUAUGCUGCUAUGUUGGCAGCUCAGGAUGUUGCCCAGCGGUGCAAGGAGCUGGGCAUCACUGCGCUUCACAUCAAGCUGCGAGCUACAGGUGGAAAUAGGACCAAGACUCCUGGACCUGGUGCCCAGUCAGCCCUCAGAGCUCUCGCUCGUUCUGGAAUGAAGAUUGGGCGCAUUGAGGAUGUCACCCCCAUCCCCUCUGACAGCACUCGCAGAAAGGGUGGUCGCCGGGGUCGUCGUCUGUAAACCGUGGCUGGCUUUUGUUUCAUCAUUAAAUCUCUCAGCGAAA